AUGAGGAGGGUUGUCCUGACCCCCAAAACACUGCCCACACGUCGAACCAUAAACAACAGCAAUUGCACUCCUACUGUCAUAUUCUCUCUCACUCACGCUCUCGCAUCCUCUCCCCCAUCCUUAACCAUCCAUUCAUAUGCCUAUACCCAUCUCAACCUCAAACCAAAAGUGAAGCAAGGCACCUGGCCCACAAACCCCCUCUACAUCCACGUCCUGACCAGCAAGAAACAGCUUAACAGAGAGAUCAUGCACGACAACGCCAUAAUCGCCGUCCUCCUAGCCACUUUCACCGGAAUCAUCCUCCUAGGCAUCGUCUACGUCAUGAAGAGACGCGCAAGACUCAGAAGAGAACUCCGCGUCAGACACGCCAAGCGAGACAUCCUCAACUGGAACCGUGCAAACCGUGCCCAGAACCCAGAGGCCGCCCCAGCUGGAUCGAAGAAACCCGCCGCCUCGAAGAAGGGCGAACCCGCGCCGGCCAAAACCGCCCCAAAGGCUCCGUCUGUCUCCAAGCCGAAAUCCGUCCCCUUUCAUCUGCCCUCGCAGGCGGAGCAGAAACCACCAAGUGCUCAUAGCAAGUCGAAGUCGAAGCGUGGAAGUCAGGCCGGUCCUAAAUCUUCUGCAACCGUUCAGGACCAAUGGCCGGCGGAGAAGGCUACGGCUGCAGACGCCAACAGCCAGCCUGGGAACAAUGGAUCUUGGAAGCCUGUCGAUGCAUUCGCCAAGGGAGGAAACGCUGGUCAGAAGGCGGAGGAGAAUGACUGGGAUCAGAAUCCCGUGGAGAAUAAGUCGAAGACCAGCCAGAAGGCGGAGGAGCCGAAGGAGGAGGGGAACCAGGUCGCUACGCCUAUCCCGGAUGACCAGAUUAAUUGGUGA